AUGUCUCAGCAAGAUGAGUUGGUGGAAGCACUCAAUGCUGAAACCAACAAGAUAAGAGUCUCGGGUAAAUCAUUGAAGUUGAAAGCAAGUGAGAAAGCGGUGGAAGAAUUAUAUAAUACUGGGUUAGUGGGUAAGCUAUUGGCAGAUAGGAGUAUCAACAAAAAUGCAGUGAAAGCUAUCAUCUUAAAGGCAUGGAGAACAUCAAGAGGGGUCCAGAUAGUGGAUCUUAGAGAAAAUAUAUUCCUAUUUAAAUUUGCUUGUGAAGGUGAUAAAAGAAGAAUUGUGGAACUAGGGCCAUGGAAUAUUGAGGGCUUCCCUCUCAUUUUAAAGCAAUGGAAUCAAAACAUGGUGGUGGAAGAUCUAGACUUCUCAAGCCUACCAGUUUGGAUUCAGGUACAUAAUCUAUCCAUUGAAUACAUGUCUAAAGAAAAUGCAGUGGAGAUUGGGUCACUGGUAGGAGAAGUGGUAGAUGUUGAUUUCACAGGAGAUGGAGAAGUUUGUAUGUGCAAUUUCCUAAGAGUCAAAGUGGAAGUUAAGGUUGAUGACCUUCUCAGGAGUGGGUUUUAUCUUGACAGAAGCCCUCAUUCGGACCUGUGGAUUCAAUUUAAAUAUGAGAGAGUGGCUGAAUUUUGCUAUAAAUGUGGUAGGUUGGGGCAUUUAAAGGCUAGAUGCUUGAAAGUUAGUCACAUAGAUGCCCAAAUUCCAUCAAAAGAGCCAUAUGGAUUCGGGCACUGGAUGAAGGCAGGGUCUUCAGGGAGAAAAACAUCAAGCAAUAACCCAAGUCCUCAACACCAAUUAAACCAACCUAGUGGGCCUACCUCAGACUCUGUCUCUACUGACCCAACUCUACUUAUUGGGCUCUCAAAAGCCCAAAAUAAUUCAUUAUCUUGGACUGCCUACUAUAACGAAGGGGAGUCAUCUGGUAAGAUCCAAUUAAGCCUACCUAGUAAUGAUAAGGAGCAGAAGCCUAGUGCUAAAAGAAAACUGAAGGAAGAUGAGGGCCUAGCAAAUAAUAGGGCCAUUAAGCUUAGUAAAGUGGGUUCGGGACUGCUUAAAGUUGUUCAUCAACCCAUAAAUUAUAUUGAAGGUGCCCAACAGAAGGUUUCUAAUAGAAAUGUCCCAACUAGAAGGAAGAAGAUGAAAGAUUUGGCAAGAGAGUUACCUUGUCCUCAAGCUCAUAGUGACUCUGACGAGGUAAACUCUGACCCUUCUUCAAUUUCUCAUACUGUCUCUUCCUUUAUAUCCAAAAUGGUUGAGGAGGCGAGCCUAAACAUGCCCCCACCCCAGCCAUGA